AUGGGGCUUCAUUGGGUCAAUUUCUUACAGGAUGAUAUAUCGAGUCCAACCAACGUUCCGUUUUUAUAUUUUUCCGAUGCCGAUCUUUUCUCAGCAGCCUUGCAAAACUCUGAGGUUACUUCUAAUUGUUGUUACAAAGAUCACAACUCUUCGUUUGGCAAUAAUCUUACUAUACCACUAGAUAUUGAACAACUCAACAAUGGACACCAUGACAAUACAGGAAAUACUAACCCAAUUGCCCCUACAACCACCAGCACGACCACCACCACCACCACCGCGACAUCCUCCGCUAACUACAACAUCACCGCCACCGACAAUCUUUCCGUAAUAUUUGAUUCACCGGACGAAAUCGAAGAUGAUAUUUCAGCUUCCAUAGACUUUUCUCAAUCUCCUUCUUUUUCCAUCCCUCAAUUUCUAGCUCAACAAGAUCAAAUCGAUCAUCUAUCUUUAGUUCAAUCCCAAAACCAGUUAUGUGAAACUACUGCAGACCUUGUUGGACCACUUUCGGGGCCCCCAUUUACGCAUGUUUUCGAAGAAGAUUGUUUGUCUACUGUGCCUUCUUUAAACCCUUCAUCUCCUUCCUGCUCAUUUUUUGGUGCUUCAACAAUGGCUAAUUUCAUGCCUGCGUUAUCGGUUGAUAGUUCUGGGAUUUUCACUGGGAGCUUUCUUAUGGGGUCUGAAUCGCAAGCUCAAAACUUGGAAUUUCAAGGUGAUAAUGGUGGACUUUUCUGCCCAGAUUCGGUGCAAUGCAUAUUUAACCCUGGAGACAUACAGACCCUUGGAAGUGAGAACCAACAACUAAUGGGAGGCGUUGUGGGCUCGGCUCCAUUGGCAUCAGAGAUGUCGAGUUUGGAAGACUCAAGUCGUAACAAAGUUGGAAAACUUUCGGUUCAACAAAGAAAAGAGAAGAUCCAGAGGUACAUGAAGAAAAGGAAAGAGAGGAACUUCAGCAAAAAAAUCAAGUACGCUUGUCGAAAAACCCUAGCUGACAGCCGACCACGUGUGCGAGGAAGAUUUGCGAAGAAUGAUGAUUGUGGAGGGACCCCUAGGCAAGCUUAUAGCAAUCACGAAGAAGAUGAUGUUGUGGUGAAAGAAAAGGAAGAAAUGGUCGACUCCUCAGAUAUAUUUGCUGAUAUUAGUGGAGUGAACAGUUUGAAAUACAAUUACUCAAUCCAAUCUUGGCUUUGA